AUGACCUCUUUUCACCCCAUCAACAACACCUUGGCCUCAACCGAAGAUCACACCAUGGACGGCACAAAAACUCCCCGUGCAACAUCGAUUGGCGUCUCGGUCACAUCAGAUCGAUCGUCUCCUGCAGAUCAACAACCAGAUGUGACCAGCACCAAGUCAAAUCGAGGAUCCGGUUCAGCACGGCCUUCCGCCGCGGGACAUGCGAGAACGAGUUCGGUAGUGUCGGAGGAUGCGAUGAAUGUCGACUCGGACGGAGAACGAGAUGGAUCCGACCAAGAGACCGAACCGGGCGGCGCACCUCCGUCAAAGAAGAAAAAGGGACAACGGUUCUUUUGUACAGAUUUCCCGCCUUGCAACCUAAGCUUCACUCGCAGCGAGCAUCUGGCCCGCCACAUCCGGAAGCACACGGGCGAGCGGCCCUUCCAAUGUCAUUGCUCUCGUCGAUUCUCACGACUGGACAACUUGCGACAGCAUGCGCAAACGGUGCACGUCAACGAGGAGAUCCCCGGAGAUUCAUUGGCGGCAACGGGCACUCGCUUUCAACGCCAGGUGCGGACCGAUCGAGUGCGUCCGACCGGCCGGGCGCGUGCCGGGACUGGAGGUAGUCAGGGUGCCCACAGUCGGGGCCACAGUCGUAACCUGUCGACGUCGAGUAUCGCCUCAACUGCGUCCACCUUCAGCCAGGCGCCGGAGCUUCGGCGACGACCCCCGCCCCUUAUCAUGGCGAAUGACCCCGCGGGUCGAGCCCGCCUAGGAUUGGAUACUAUGGGAGAGCCCCCCAGCACGCCGCCUGGUCAAAAUCGCGGGUUGCCUGGUCCCCCUGGUGGCGGGUCACCAUACACCCCGUCGCAUGCCUACGCUGCAGGCCCAUCCGCCAGUCCGCAAUAUGCCCCCUCCAUGUCAUCCGCCGCAACACAUGGGUUCUGGGAGGGGAAGACUGCGGCCCGCCGACUAUCCGUUCCUUCGAGCAGCAAUCCCUUCCUCGCCCAGCAUAACGGUGCCUAUCCUCCUCCCUAUGGCUUACCCACUGUUCAUCAUCCCUACGCCAAUGCCGCUGGGGUCUUUGCCAGCCCUACCAGUACCAAUUAUCCGGCGUCGAGAGACGAGAGCACUCUGAGUGCUGCCGAAGCGGAGAUGCGGAGACGCACGUGGCACCCUUCCACGUAUCCGGUCUUCGGACGACCCUCUACGAGUGGGUUGAGCCACUACCAAACACCGGAUAGUGUCCAUGGACCCCAAGCAGGACCUGCAGGACCUGGCGAGAUCGGUAACGGACCCGGCAGCAAUGUUGCUGAUCAACCGCCCCGCCUUCCGGGAAUUGAAAGCUUCGACAAAGUCGUCUCGCAGCAUCGACCUCUCACUCCGCCGACCCGCAAAUCGAGCCCAAUGCUGGUGGAUCACCAGUACCGAGCCCCUCCACCCCAUCAACAUACACCAAGUCAUAGCUUUGGCUCUGGCUACAACUAUGGGGCUCCGCUGGUGAGGCCUGCACCUCCAAUCUCCGGUCCUGGCCAUCGCCGCGGCCACGUAUCAUGGGACAUGGGUCUGCAUCACGGUCUCACCGGCCUCGAUAUCCGAGACCGCCGCGGGUCUCGAGACGCCAGUCAGUGGAGUCAGCAGACCAUUGCCGAGCUCCAAAAUGUCUCGUCUCGACCCUCAUCUUCGUAUCAACCUACAUUCCCUCCCACGGCUGAGAGAAGUCCCGAGCAGCAUCGUGGCCACACCUCCAACCUGUCCACCAGUAGUCGCCCGGCGCAGAUGUCUCCCGAAGACUCGAGCAGCAGUGAAGGUGUUCACACCCCGUCUACCGCCUCGGUGGAGUAUCAUCCAGCCAUUGUUCACAGCAGCGGAUUCAUCGAACCGCACGAUGCCACCAUGCCAUCCGAACAUCACCCCCAACCGAUCUGUGGGCGACAAGCAUCUCAUUCUGACGGCUACCCGGGUCCCACCGAACGAGAGCCUCGAACCGAGGUAUAUUCACACAUGGCCGCACGUGGCAAUGGCAUGGGCCGGCUGGAAGCUUUGGUUGCCGUUGCUACCAGCGAAGAUAAAAGCACAGCCCGAAUGUACAUGUGA